GGUGCGCGGAGCGGUUCUUGGUCUCCGGAGCGGUUCGGUCCGGCCAGUCGCCUAGGCGCCCAGGCCCGGUGCACGCGCGUGAGCGCGCUUGCGCCGCCCGGGCAGCUGCGAGGAGAGGAGAGCUGCUGCCUCAGGAGGAUCUCUCUUCCCUCAGAAAUUGCUCAAUGCUGAAACCUUUCAAAGUGAUAGAAGAGACGUUGAAAGCACCAUGGAUGGGUUUUAUGAUCAGCAAGUCCCUUUUAUGGUCCCAGGGAAAUCUCGAUCAGAGGAAUGUCGAGGGCGACCUGUGAGUGACAGGAAGAGGAAGUUUUUGGACACAGAUCUGGCUCAUGAUUCUGAAGAAUUGUUUCAAGAUCUCAGUCAACUUCAAGAGGCUUGGUUAGCUGAAGCACAAGUUCCUGAUGAUGAACAGUUUGUCCCAGAUUUUCAGUCUGAUAACUUGGUGCUUCAUGCCCCACCUCCAACCAAGAUCAAGAGGGAGCUGCAUAGCCCCUCCUCUGAGCUGUCGUCCUGUAGCCAUGAGCAGGCUCUUGGUGCUAACUAUGGAGAAAAGUGCCUCUACAACUAUUGUGCCUAUGAUAGGAAGCCUCCCUCUGGGUUCAAGCCAUUAACCCCUCCUACCACUCCUUUGUCACCCACCCAUCAGAAUUCCCUAUUUCCCCCACCCCAAGCCACUCUGCCCCCUUCAACUCAUGCCCCUGGAGCCGGCUCAGUACCAGGUGUGGGCCCUGCCCCCACCCCUCACUCACUUCCAGAACCUGGACCACAGCCGCAGACAUUUGCCGUCCCUAGACCACCACAUCAGCCCCUGCAGAUGCCAAAGAUGAUGCCUGAAAACCAGUAUCCAUCAGAACAGAGAUUUCAGAGACAGCUGUCUGAACCCUGCCACCCCUACCCUCCUCAGUCAGGAGUUCCUGGAGAUAAUCGCCCCAGUUACCACCGGCAAAUGUCAGAGCCCAUUGUCCCUGCAGCUCCCCCACCCCCUCAGGGAUUCAAGCAGGAAUACCACGACCCUCUAUAUGAACAUGGGGUCACUGGGAUGCCAGGUCCCCCCACUCAUGGGUUCCAGUCACCAAUGGGAAUCAAGCAGGAGCCCCGGGAUUACUGCGUUGAUUCAGAAGUGCCUAACUGCCAGUCAUCCUACAUGAGAGGGGGCUAUUUCUCCAGCAGCCAUGAAGGUUUUUCAUAUGAAAAAGAUCCCCGGUUAUACUUCGAUGACACCUGUGUGGUACCUGAGAGACUGGAAGGCAAAGUCAAGCAGGAGCCUACUCUGUAUCGGGAGGGCCCCCCAUAUCAGCGACGGGGCUCCCUCCAGCUGUGGCAGUUCCUCGUCACCCUUCUUGAUGAUCCAGCCAAUGCCCACUUCAUUGCCUGGACGGGUCGAGGCAUGGAGUUCAAGCUGAUAGAACCAGAGGAGGUUGCUCGACGUUGGGGUAUCCAGAAAAAUCGGCCAGCCAUGAACUAUGACAAGCUGAGCCGUUCUCUACGCUACUACUAUGAAAAGGGCAUCAUGCAGAAGGUGGCUGGAGAACGAUACGUCUACAAAUUUGUCUGUGACCCAGAUGCCCUUUUCUCCAUGGCCUUCCCGGACAACCAGCGUCCAUUCCUGAAGGCGGAGUCCGAGUGCCCCCUUAAUGAAGAGGACACUCUGCCACUGACCCACUUUGAAGACAACCCUGCUUACCUCCUGGACAUGGAUCGCUGUAACAGCCUCCCCUAUGCUGAAGGCUUCGCUUACUAAAUUUCUUGAGUGGCUGAGCGGCCAAACCCUAGAGCUAGCAGUUCCCAUUCAGGCAAAAUGAGGGCAGUGGUUUUGUUUGUGUUCUUGGCUGUUCCUAAAGCUUGCCCUUUGAGUAUUAUUUGGAGAACCUAAGCCGUCUCUGGGUUGACACCCUUAAAAGACAGAUACUUUGGCUGGAGAGUGGAACGGGAGGGGGAGACAGCCACCAAAAAAAAGGCUGGUACCUCGACUCUGAUUCUGACUAGAUUUCUGGAAAGAGAUGGAAAUGGAGCCUCCUUACCACCAUGGACAAUAUAUGCAAAGCAAUACCUUGUUAAGGUUAGUACCUACAAAACAGGACUGUGUGUGAGACAAUCUGCGUUGAUCAUGGACUACUAAAUGCCUUGACCUGGAAGGGCUCUAUGACUUGCACAAUUUUUUGAAAAAGAAAACAUAAGCUCAUAUAAAAGUAGGUAACUGUGUCGGGGAGGCUCAGAUCAUUAAGACUUGAAAUUACACAAGUUGUUCAAGCUCAGGCUGAAAUGCUUCCCCCUUGGUUGAGCAAAGUGGUGGGGAUGGGGGGCGGGAAGGGGAGGCAAUAAGUCAAAACAGCUGUUACCCACCUGUUCUCAAACCUCGGGAACCUUCUAGCCAUGUGGUCAUCAAGUAGAGGGAGCCUCCCUCUCUUCCCAGUCACGUGGCUGAAUGCGAAUGACUUUCAUUUUAGAAGGGCGAUCAAUACUUUUGACAGUAUUUUGUUUUGCUUUGAGUCAAGGGGAUUGUUUUGUUUUGGUGGUUGUUUUGGAAAAACAGUUUAUAAACUGAUUUUUGUAGUUUUGGUAUUUAAAGGAAAAAAAACCCACAAAAAAAAAUCCAACCUUUUGGUAACUGCACUGUGUCCCUUAAGCAGGGCAGUGACAACCUAUGAAGACUGCAGCUUGAGAGGCUUUGCUGGGCCUCCCCUGUACCCACAUAAAAACCUGCUUUUGUUGCCUGCUUUUGUGCUUUCUGUAACAGACAACCUGAUGGAGCAUUUGCACCUGAGUUGUACAAUUUCUGACGUGUACAGGACAACCUGGACCCAAGCUUGUAUACAGUUCUCCGUGUUCGCUCACGCCCUCUCUGGGAAGCAGAUGUACAUACUACAUGCCCUGUCCAUUUGAAACCUGAUCACCUAGUUGUAAACCCAAGAGUUCUUCUCAAGGGUUCUCACCUCAUGACUAGUGACCUUUCUGUUUUUCCCUUAUGUUUGAUUUUUUUUCCUUUAAAUCUUAGAAUUGAAGCCAUGCAUCACAGUGCUGCAGUCGGGUUUGAGAUUGAUGUGUGGCACUGACAAGUAAAACAUCCCUAAUGUUCUGAUUUUCUCCCAUACCUACACACCUUUUCUUUAAAAAAUUUUUUUUGAUUGCUGUAUUAUAUUGGGGAAGUUGUAAGCUACAGCUCUGUGAAAGGUGAGCUUGGAGUAGAGGAAAAGUCACUGGGACACAGUAGCUCCUUGCUGACUUCUUGCUGGUAAUGUGCCCCUGUUACACUGCUGCUCCUCAUGCCCAAUGCCAGUGUGAGACGUGCUUUGAAUUGCUUUUCUAUUAAUGGAGCUCUCCACAGUCCCUCGUAUGACCAACAGCACAUUUGUGACAAUGUUCUUCGGGACGAGGGGGGGGGGUGCAUUUGAUAGCUAUGAAAACACGAGAUUUCCUCUUUUGGAAGCUAAUUAGCCCAAAAAGGUAUCAAACCUAAAGCUUGGGCCUUAAUUAGCAUUGUGUACUCUAAUCAAAGGACUCUUUCUAAACCAUAUUUAUAGCUUUCUAAUCUACAUAUAGACUAUACAUAGAUAUUUUACCCCCAGCCAGCUAGAGAUUUAUUUGUUGUAAAUGCUGUAUAGAUUUGGUUUGGUUUGGUUUGUUUUUUUUCCCCCUUUCUUUACUUACUCUGGUUUGGGACUUAUUCUUUUUACCAAGUAUGAAAAUACCUUUCUGUAGCUGAGCUGCCCCUCCCCUGCUGAAACCACGUGGCCUGUGCUGUCACCGGCCCUAGGAUGGCAGUUGUCACCCUUGCAUUCCCAUGGGUCUCAUACACCUCCCAGAUGGUAGUUUUUGUUGUUGUUGUUUUUCCAGGGUUUCCAGGGGGAUUGUUUUUUGUUUGCUUCUUUUCCAGAGUGUGGAAAGUCUACAGUGCAGAAAGGCUUUAAACCUGCCAGUUGAUCUGAAAUACUUUCCUCUGUGCAGGGCUGUGUGCAUCCUGACAAGCUGCGUUAUAUUCUGUACUGUGUACAAUAAAGAUAUUUGCUUUUCGUUUA